UAUCUCUUCCUACGUCUCUAUAUAUCAACAUAAGUUGCGUUCCUUUGCCUUCCAAGUUCCAAACUUUGAGCAGAGCUUCCUAUGAAAUGGCAGAGCCUUGCAAUGUACCAUCUCACGAUGAGAGCUGCGAUGAACGAGGUGGGGAUUACUCUGAGUCUGCUUCCUUCUCGGGUGCAUCUAGCGAGUCCUUGUGCUCAUCAGCUUCAAAUCUGUCUGAUGACGCAACAUCAUCCCCACCUCUUCAUCCCUCUGAACCGUCAUCAGCAUCUUCGAGCAUGUUGCAGCUGGAUACCGAGGAUCCACUGUACGAGUUGUCCACUCUGCUAGCCCAGCUUCCAAUCAGGAAAGGGCUGUCCAAAUACUACCAAGGAAAGUCCCAAUCAUUCACAUCAAUAUCUGAUGCUACAUGUGUUCAAGACCUUGCAAAGAAAAUUUCAUACAGUAAGAGGAUGAAGACGUGUAAAAGCUAUUCAGCAGGAUUAGACAUGAACCAACGGUCAAACAACUUACCAAGAGCGUCCAAAAAGGUGAUAACUAAGAGGCCCUCGAAUGCUUCAGUUGCUAAAGUAAUGUCAAGAACUAGCAACACCAGCCACUCGUACAGCAGGUCUAAACCAUCUGCACACCAGAACAAGAGAUACACAAAUGCAUAUUGAUCUGUAACAAAGUGAGACCUGGAACAAAUAAGAACUAGGAUGCCAAGCCUUCACUUCCCAUUGACCAGUUGUACUUCCUGUAUGCUUUAUUUAUGACUAUUCAAAGUACAUUUCAUCUAGGAUCAACACAAUUUCUUUUAUGCCA